GGGUCAAAGUAAUUCAUCAAUUCUCCUGUGAAAUUCUCUUGGCUCAGCGCAUACGGACGUAGAAUUUUGAAACUGAAUCCCUCGUUUGUCAUUUGAUCAGGACAAGAAACUCUUUGUAAAUAAACCGGAGCAGCUAUGGAAAAAGAGGCUAGCGGACGGCGCCAAAACCCCAAAGCCAAGAUUUUAGGCGCAAUUCCGCUCCAAGUAAGUGAAGAAAGCGCUGCGCAGUUGGUUGGCGGCAUAGUCGAAAAGGGCUUCUCAGAUGAUCAACAGAGUAGGUCUUCCGGUCGAUUGCCGCCUCCUCGCCCCACUGUUCUGCCCUUUCCGGUUGCCCGCCACCGUUCACACGGUCCACAUUGGACUCCUAAAGUGGAAAAAUUCAAUGCUGUCAAUGAAAAUGAUGAUAUGGAUGAUCUUGAAGAUGAGGAAGAUUGGAAUGGGGUGGGCUUGGUUGCUAAGCCAAUACAAAGGAAAGAGAAGAGAGGUUUGGAUUUUAGCCGGUGGCAUGAGAUGUUGGAAAGUGAGCCUAGUUUCAUGCACCACGAGAAGAAAAAAGAGAGGCACAUGAUUGAGAGGGAAGAUGACGAUAAAGCCGAAGGAAAAGUUUCUGAGGAAUUAAGCAUGCAAAUUUCUGGGCCAGGGGAUAGAGAGUCAGGUAGAGCUUCAUUAGUUUUGAGUGAAGAAAGGCAAAAUGAUUUGGAAAUGCAUCACAUGCCGAAGUCCCAUAUGGUUUCUGGUUUUGAUGGGCAGAAGUUAGUGGGUGGAGAGGAUGGAAGUCUUGAGAAUCAGAUUGAUUCUGAGAAUCAUGCUCGGCUGGCAAAGAUGUCUCAUGAAGAGAUUGCUGAAGCCCAAGCAGAAAUAAUGUCGAAGCUGAAUCCAGAUUUGAUUAAGGCUUUGAAGAAACGGGGCCAAGAAAAAAUUAGGAAGAAGGAUAGUUCUGGUUUUGCUGCACAGAAGUUAGUAGGUGGAGAGGAUGGAAGUCUUGAGAAUCAGAUUGAUUCUGAGAAUCGUGCUCUGCUGGCAAAGAUGUCUCAUGAAGAGAUUGCUGAAGCACAAGCAGAAAUAAUGGCGAAGCUGAAUCCAGAUUUGAUUAAGGCCUUGAAGAAACGGGGCGAAGAAAAAAUCAGGAAAAAGGAUAGUUCUGGUUUUGCUGCACAGAAGUUAGUGGGCGCUGAAUAUGGCAAUCUCCAAAGGCAGAUUGAUUCUGAGAAUUCUGCUCAACUGGCAUCAAUGUCUGCUGAUGAGAUUUCUGAAUCACAAGCUGAAGUGAUGGCAAAGUUGAAUCCAGAAAGGAUUGAGGCCUUGAAGAAACGGGGCCAAGACAAAGUUAGGAACAAGUCUUCAAACUCUGAUAAUACAAACAGCGAGGCAAAUGGUGUGCAGCAUGAUAAAAAUGCAUCGAGCCAUGGGAGCUCUGGAUCUGAUAAGCGAAUAGAUAUGGUUACUGGCGAUGCAAUGGAAGACAAAAAUCUCUCAAAUAUAAAUCCAAAGAAUUCUAGUGCUUGGGAAGCUUGGAGCAAAAGAGUUGAGCGCGUCAGAGAUAUGAGAUUCUCCUUGGAUGGGAACGUUAUUAACUGGGAUUCUGUUCAUUUAUCAGAUGCUGGAAAUGGAACAUCUAAAAGUGGAUACAAUCCAGAUAAUGUGUCAGAACGUGAUUUUCUUAGAACUGAAGGUGACCCUGGUGCUGCUGGCUACACAAUCAAAGAGGCAGUGGCCCUAACUAGGAGUGUGGUUCCUGGGCAGCGCGCUCUUGCUUUACAUCUUAUUGCAGCUAUUCUUGAUCUGGCGAUUCACAACAUCUGUCAGAAUCAAGUUGGUGAUGCCAAGGAAUCUGUUGACUGGGAGGCUAUCUGGGCCUUUGCUCUUGGUCCAGAACCUGAGCUUUCUUUAGCAUUGAGAAUUUCCCUUGACGAUAACCACAACUCUGUGGUACUUGCUUGUGCCAAAGCCAUUCAAUGUGCGCUCAGCUAUGAGAUGAAUGAUACAAUAUUUGAUGUCUCAGAGAAGUUACCCUCUUAUGCAGGGGGUAUUUGUACUGCUCCUGUUUUUAGAAGUAAACCAGAUGUCAAAUCCGGAUUUCUUCGUGGUGGAUUUUGGAAAUAUAAUACCAAACCUUCCAACAUUCUUUACUUUGGUGAGGAAUCUGCAGGGGAUAAAACUGAAGAUGAACACACCAUUCAGGAUGAUGUCUUUGUUGCUGGGCAGGAUAUUGGUGCCGGUCUUGUUAGAAUGGGUAUUCUUCCAAGAAUCUGCCAUCUUAUGGAGACAGAUCCUAGCGCACCACUAGAAGAAUGCUUGAUUUCUAUCUUGAUUGCAAUAUCAAGGCAUUCUCCGACAUGUGCUGCUGCUGUCAUGGACUGUGGGAAGCUUGUUCAGACAAUUGCAAGCAGAUUCACUUCAAAAGAACCAAUGGGAAUUAAUGCUUGCAAGAUCAAAUCGGUUACACUCAUCAAAGUGUUGGCUGAGCUUGAGAACAAGAACUGCUUAGCAUUUAUAAAUAAUGGAAUUCUCCAACAGGUGACUUGGCAGUUAUUCCGACACCCAUUUUCUAUAGAGCAUUGGGUAAAAUCUGGGAGAGAUGGCUGCAAACUUUCCUCAGCUUUGUUAGUUGAACAAUUGCGCCUCUGGAAGAUCUUCUUUCACUACGGAUACUGCAUUUCCGACUUUCCUAAUCUAUAUGCUUCAUUAUGCACCUUGUUGAGUGUGCCUGAAUUUGAGAGGCUAAUCGACAAUGAUGUGAUGAAGGAAUAUUGUGCCAUCGCAAAGGAAGUAUACCUUCUUCUGGAUGUUUUAGCAGGUCGACUUACUAAGUUUUAUUCACAGACGCCUGAAAAAGUGGAUGCUGCCGCUAGGUCUGAAGAGAAUUGGUUGUGGGGUCAAUUUGGUUCUAUCAUUGAUCAAUCUCUCGAGUGGAUAGCUGUUAAAAAGAUUCCACAUGUAUCCAGAAUCUUCAACUGUCAAGAUAAAGAUGGUGACUCUUGUGGUUUGCACGAUUCGUAUAAAACUUCCAUCUUAUGGAUCAUUUCUUCUGUUUUGAAUAUGUUCUCAACAGUUCUGAAAGCAGCUACCCCAGAGGACACCAUGCUUAAUAGUCAUUUGCCAUGGCUUCCAGACUUUGUCCCGAAGCUUGGACUUGAAAUUAUUAGAAAUGGAUAUUUAAGAUUUUCAGGAGUUGGAGAUUCGAUCUCCAGCAACAAUCUUUCUGAAGACGCUUCCAUACUUAAGUAUUUAUGGAACUUGAGGCUUAGAGUGGAACCAGAAUUGGCCAUAUCUUCUUCAUGUUGUCUCCAAGGAUUACUCCAAGUCAUUACCUCUGUCGAUAACUUGAUCCAGCAUGCAGACCUUGAUAUCCGAAACCCAAAAUUUCAAAAUCAGAAUCUUUCGAUGGAAGAUAAGGUUCUUGCCAAUGGGAUGCUCAACUCAUGUGGUGUCGAGAUGCAAGAUUUGCUGACUGCUUUAAUGGAACUAAUUGCCAACGAGUGGCAAUGUAUGCAAUCUGUUGAGACAUUUGGCCGAGGAGGCCCAGCUCCAGGUGCCGGUGUUGGCUGGGGUGCCGCUGGUGGAGGGUAUUGGUCCUUGAACACUCUGUUGGCUCAGCAGGAUGCAAGAUUGCUCGUUUACUUGCUUGAAAUUUCUGAAGUGCCCACUGUAGAAGAUCCCUUAGAACCUGGACAAAGCCUUGCAAUGCAAAUGCUAAAUUGCUCGCUCUCCGCUUGCUUGAUUGGGGGCCCUGGAAACAGUUCUUUCAUUGAAAAGUUACUGAAAUUCAUAUUCCAGGUUUCUGUUCUAAAGCAUCUUGGCUUGGGCAUCCAACAGUUCCUUUAUAGUAGAAAGGGAUGUCGACCAUUUGGUUGGAAUUAUACGGGUGAGGAGUUACAGCUAUAUGCCGAUGUUUUGAUUGCUCACUUUAGGAACAGGUGGCUUACUGUAAAGAAGAAACAGAAGGCUGAAGAUGCAGAUAGUCGGUUAAACCACAGAUCUAAGAAGAAAGAGAGCUGGUUGCUGGAGACCAUUCACGAGGACUUGGAUUCGCCAAACCCCGCUGGGAAAGAGAUGUCUCGUUUAAAACUGGAGUGGACUUAUCAAAGAUUGCCUCUUCCAUCACAUUGGUUUCUCAGUGCAAUCUCCACCCUUCACUACAAAGAAAGUGACAUUUCCAAAGCUGGGCUCUUCUUUCUUCUUGGUAUUGAAGCAAUGCCUGCCUGCCACGGCUCUCCUGUCAAACAUGUUCCCGUCGUUUGGAAACUGCAUGCAAUGUCUGCUGUACUACUCUCUGGGAUGAGCGUUCUUCAUGACGAGAAGAGCCGAGAUGUGUUUGAAACUUUACAAAAUGUUUAUGGUGAAACCAUUGAUAAAGGAUGUUCUUCCCUGCGAUUUGAGUCGGAUAUCCAUGAGAACUACUCCACCUUUAUUGAAAUGGUGGUAGAUCAAUUUGCAGCUGAAUCAUAUGGCGACAUUUUAUUCGGGAGACAAAUUGCAAUGUAUCUACACAGAUCUGUCGAACAUUCUGUUCGGCUCGCCACAUGGAAUGCUUUGUCGAAUGCUCAUGCUCUUCAACUUUUGCCUCCACUUACCGAAUGCUUAACCAGGGCAGAAGGAUAUCUCGAACCUAUUGAGGACAAUGAAAGAAUCCUUGAAAUGUAUGCGAAGGCAUGGGUCUCCGGCGCACUGGAUAAAGCAGCUACCCGGGGUUCAAUGGCGUUCGCGUUGGCACUGCACCAUCUUUCGUGUUUUGUAUUUGGGGAUGCAAUUGACAGCAUGCUCGCUCUCCGGAAUAGGCUCGUGAAGUCUCUGCUACGAGACUAUUCCCGUAAACAGCAGCAACGCGAGGGGAUGAUGGUGAAACUUGUAUGCUAUCGGAAACCUGACGCCGACCUUCCUCCGUUGCCGGAAUCGGAAAUCGGAAAAAGGUUGCAGCUGCUGAAAGAUAUUGGCGCCGCCGAUGGAAAUGUAGCUGCCAUGGAAAAGCUUGAAUCUUGCCUCAAAAUGCGUCAGAGGAUUUGAAUCUUGCAUCAAAGCUCAUACUCAUUUAGCUUUGGGUUAAAAAAAAAAAAGAACGAACUCAAGAA